UUUUAGUCCUUCGUGCGCUUUCGCAGCAGUCAGACGUGUUUUAAAAUCCUCAAACCGAAAAUCCAAUUGUUUGGUAGAGGGAAAUGUGUGGUUACGAAUCAUAAUUAUCUUGCGGUGGUUCUCGAAUUCGUAAAAGUGAUUUAAGAAACAAACGAAGUUCUAAAAAAAGAAAUACAAAAUACAAAUAUUAAUUUUUCUGUGUGAGUUAAUCAUUGGGCUUAUAUCAAAAAAUAUUUAAAACAAAAUCAGAUUUCAUACUGGUGUAAAAGAAAAAAUUGGAAAUAUUACGAAUAUAUAUGUAUGUAUUAGAGUGAAAAAGUGGCAUAAUGUUCAAAUUGUUUUAAAGUGUUUAAAAUUACAAAAAUUUAAAAAUCCCUGUGCUAAUCUCUUGACCUUUAGCGACCAGAAAAUACACUUUUGUGAAUAAACUCUACGCAAUGUGAGCUGUCUAUCAGGCGCAAACCAAAUAGCUAUAUACAAACAUACAUUCCCCACAACAACAAAGAUAAAGACGAAAAGUUAAUGCGAAAAGACAACACCAAAAUGUACGCUAUUAUACGACCGACCAGUGCAUAGUCAAAACCCACUCAACAUAUUUGACAUUCCAACGAGUACACACAUAAGUAGCGGCGCUCAUCACUCUGCGGCAAAUCAUCUGUCAAAGCCGAGCCGAGCUGUGCAGCCAAAGCGUUAACAGCUAAGUAACUCAAUAAGGCAGUCCGAGACCGCCAACCGUUGUCAGCCACUACACUGCAGCAUGUUUGGGACACAACCAGCAUCCGGGAUGCUGGUCACCCGUCUGCCGUGGGCUACGCACAUCUCAACCACAACGUCACGCUCGUCAUACUUCGAUAUCGGUGGCCCAGCCUUGGCUUCUGCUAUCGGUAGAGUGGCAGCCAGCACCAGCCUCGAAGAAAGCCUGCGCAACAAGAGUUCGUUUGUGGGUGCGGUGUGGGGUGAUGAUGCGGACAUCGAUCCCGCCACGGAUUAUGUGCCACCCUCACAACGACCCGAAACCUAUAUUAUCACAGUGCUGUUUGCGCUCAUCUUUAUUGUUGGCGUUUUAGGUAAUGGCACUUUGGUGAUAAUAUUUUUUCGGCAUCGCUCCAUGCGCAACAUUCCCAACACUUAUAUUCUGUCGCUGGCUCUGGCCGAUCUGCUGGUCAUUACCAUUUGUGUGCCAUUGGCCUCCAUCGUCUACACACAGGAGAGUUGGAACUUCGGCGCCGAGAUGUGUCGCAUCAGCGAGUCCUUCAAAGACAUUUCCAUUGGCGUUUCGAUAUUUACACUGACCGCCCUGUCUGGCGAACGCUAUUUCGCCAUUGUGAAUCCAUUGCGCAAACUGCAGACAAGGCCUUUGACCGUUUUCACCGCCUCAAUGAUCUGGAUAGUGGCCAUUCUGCUGGCGGCGCCUUCGUUUAUUGUCUCCGAUCUUCAAGAGAUACAUAUUCCGCCAAGCAAGAAUAGUAAGAACUUGACAAUAGUCAUUUGCUCGCCGUUCGGACGUUAUCGUCCCAAUUAUAAGUCUUAUUCCAAAUACACUGUGAUCAGUAAGGCGAUCAUUUAUUAUUUGCUGCCGCUGUUCAUCAUCGGCGCCCUGUACAUCCUCAUGGCCAAACGUUUGCGCACGAGUGCACGCGAAAUGCCCGGCGAAGCGUUGGGCAUGCAAAGUCGGUCGCAGGCGCGAGCGCGUCGUUACGUGGCGCGAAUGGUGGUGUCCUUUGUUGUGAUAUUCUUUGGCUGCUUCUUCCCUUACCAUGUAUUUGAGUUGUGGUUCCACUUAAAUCCCACGGCUGUAGAUGACUUUGAUGACUUCUGGCAUGCCGUUCGCAUAAUAGGAUUCUGUGCAAGUUUCUUGCACUCAUGCGUCAAUCCUGUCGCGUUGUAUUGCGUGUCCGGCGUGUUCCGGCAGCACUUCAAACGCUAUUUGUGUUGCCUGUGCAUUAAACGACAGCCGCACAUCCGCCAACACUCCACAGCGACGGGCGUGAUGGACACGAGCGUCAUGUCGAUGCGGCGCUCCACCGUCAGCAACUACAACCGCGCAUCGAUGCACAUCAACAGCAACAGGGGUGGCUCAAAUGGAGGCGGCGGCAGCGCUGAAGGCGGGUCCAGCACCAGCACAAACCUUCAACGGCAAGCCUCAAUGCCGCUGCACCACAGCGUCACGCUGCAGAAUAACGGAGCUGGCGGCGGCACCCACGCCGCUGGCGACAAGAGGUGAGAUACGGUUGUCAUGAUGCUGGAAGCGGACGAGUUUCUUUAAGUAUGUAAUGCACUGCGCAAUACUCGUGAUCAUAAGAGCACACCCAAACACGUACGCACACAACUGUCCGUUGUGCCAUCACAUGUACUACGUGUGCCACUCGAUGGGAUCUUACUUAGUUUAAUGAGUUAAGUGUAGUGUUAUUGUUGUACAUUAUUAGAGUUAUUGUAGGGGGGAAGAAUAACAUUGUGUCGUGCAAUUAAAUGCGCAGUAAUGAAGCGUCGUUCUAGUGACUUAAAGCGGGAAAAGGCGAGCAGACAGGGUUAUCAGCUCGCUUCACUACUUAGGACAGGAGGAUAGUGCAGCUGUGGGUUAAUCAGCCUCAUGGCGCUGCUUUUCACUAAGUUUUAAACCUAAGAGGUACGCUCCAAGUGGCAUUACUGUAAUGGUGAUGUUAUAUUUAACUGUUUUUGUUAAUAUUAUAAAGCGGUAGUGCUACUAUCGUUCGUUUGUUGCAAAUACACUAAUGAGCAAAAGUUGAGUAUGGCGUUUUAAUAGCCUUUCCAAAAGCGAUUUUUAUGAAGUAUACGUGUUCCUGAUAUAUGUACAUAUGUAUGUAAUUUUUGCCGUUUUAAUAUCGCCGCUUUGCUCAUCAGUAUAUAAACAAAUAAUAGCCUAAUGUAUAUAUGUAUAUGUAUAAUGAAAUUUUGUUUAAUUGUAUGAAGAAACCGUAAAUCAAAUAGUUUAGUAAAAAGUUUAGUAAAUAGUUUAGUAAUUAUAUAAGAAUAUGGAAAAACAUAAAAAAUUACACAAAUAUCUCGUCGUGUUGAGCCACGCUUAAAAAUACUUCGCCUAACUGUGAACUUGCUGCUAGAAGUAGAGUUAAGACUUUUUACAUUAAAUCAGGUUGUUGUUAUUGUAUAUGAGUAUUUGUAUAUGUGUGUAAUUACUAAUUCUCUAACUGUGAAUGUAUAUAUUUGCAUAAAUUGAUAAGUUGCCUAUAUGUGUACUUGUGAGUACGAUUGUUAACUGUAUAUAAAAAUAGCAAAUCACAACUGAAAUGCAACCCGAACUAGAAGUUGAGAUCCUGAGCGGGUAUCUACAUGAACACACACAUAAAUACGCGCGCACACAUGCGGACAAAUAUAUAUUCGCACACAUAUGUAUGUGUUAUUAUUGGGUUAUUACACUCAAGCAAAGUGUUUAAUUUACUUUUGUCACGAGGAUAUGGCAACAUUCUCGCUCCAUUCUACACAUUCUUCCUUGUUUGUAAGUAAUUUAAGCUAGUAAAGAAUACACACUCACACACACGUUUGUAUAUACCAAUACACAUAUGUAAGUAGAUAAGUAAAUGUACGUAACCUGAAAAUAAAGAAUGAACUCAAGAGACGCGAAUACAUAAAAACGCCAAGGCUUUUUUCUCAUCUAUAUACUAAAUCAUUUGUAAGUAAUGAUAAAAAGCCGUUGAGUAUAAUAAUGCGAAGGGUGGGCGCAUUGUUGUUUAUCACAUUACAUGCAAAUCUGCCAUAAUUUAUUGCAAAACACGCGGAAGAUUAAUGAAAUGGCGCUCUCGUUCUACACCCACCUCGGGGCACAGAAUGUUGGUGACUGGAAAUUAUUUCACAGUUCCUCGAAAAGAAAUUAAGGCCUCCUGCUUGUGCACGUGCUUGUGACCAAGCUUGAUGAAAAAUGGCAACUCUUUUAGCCGUUUAUGCAGAGGCGACCGCCAGAGUGUAGGGGUUAGAUGUGCGAACUCGUCUCCUGCUUCGUUCAAUAUCAGGGGCUGUAUGCUCUAAUGUCAUUCGUCGCUGACACGUAUUGAAAAGCGCGCUCAUUGUUAAGCCUUGUGUAAGCUGCUCGUAAAAUUAACCAGGAGAGAGGCUGCUUAAAGUUUUCUGUAGAAAUCGACUAUUAGGUACAAAAUAGUGCCUUCGAUCAUGUAAUUCGCAGUAGGAUCAGAAGACUCAUUAAGUUUAGGUGCAACAAUUGCUGAAGGCAACAAUUUCAUGAGCCACGAUUGCCACGAUUGCCACGCUUCAAGAAGCUUAGACCGAUUUUCAUCAGCCUUAACAAAUUUUGUUGUUCUCUCUUUAUCGCGACAGUUGAAAAGUUUCAUUUUAUUUUUUGUUUCUUUCUGCUUUUGACCUUGCUGACAAAGCAUCAUGUUUUGUUGCUACGAUGUUGUUAGCAGUAUACUCGUAUACAUAAAUAUGUAGCUGUGAGAUUAUCUAUUGUCAUUUGACCAAGUGCAAUGCUGGUUAUUUUCUGUGUUUGCACAGUUCGUUUGAAUUCGUUGACCCUCAAGCGAAUAUAUUUUUACAUGGUGCUUUUAUUAUCCUUCACUCUGCAGAUGAGCACAGCUGAUUUGAUUACGUUUUUUAUGUGCUUUUCCCUGCUCAACCCACAAUCACGCAUACGAGGUGCCUUUUGCACUAAGGUAGUCGACGCACACACACACAUACACGCACGCACGCAGGCUCACACACACAUACACAGCCCAAUCAGUUGCAUAUGUAAAUAUUUUCGAAAAUUUUUUUUGUUGGUGCAAAAUAGUGUUGUCCAGCAGUAAACAAACGGCAAAAGCGCAAAAAUGUAAGAAAGCAGAAAAAAUGAAACAGUUUUGUUGAUAGUAAAGUUGGAUACUAAUUUUCGUUUGCGCGCCGAAUGGAAUUCACGGACGCACGUAGCUGAGAUAUGUUUACAAUUUAUUUGCUAAUUUCAGACUUAAAUACAUUUCAGAUACUCUUUGGAUAGCUUGGAGCGUUACUAAGUCGCGGGAUUUCAUAUAUAAGUAUAUAUGAGCUCUGUAUACAUAAGUACAUAUAGAUGUAUAUGUAAGCAGCGAUGUUGUUAGAUGCCACUAAAAUUUUAUUUAUUGUAAUAAAAAGCGCAUUGGAGCGCUGGUGUAGCUUUGUUCGGUGUACGCCUGCAUUGGAUCCUUAAGCCUUUGAGAAAAGCAUAUUAAUUACGGAAUAUGUACAUACAUACAUACAUAUGUAUGUCAGUGUGCAAUUAAAUAUUGAAAGUGUAAACUGCAUAUUUUGUAAAAUGUAUACGAAAAUAAAGAAAUGUAAGACAGACAAC